CAUAGAAACACAUAAAGUUUUGAUAACCACUUUAUGGGGUAUAAUCACAAUUAUCGGAGCUCUAGGAAACAUGACAGUCGUGCUCACAAUGUGGAAGCACACAGGAAAGGGUAUAUCUGCCACCAAAUGUUACAUUAUCAAUGUGGCACUGGCGGACCUAGCCUUCAUCAUCAUGGUUGUUCCCAUAACAACAGCAGCCUACGUGUCUGAACAUUGGAUUUAUGGUGAUAUCAUGUGUAAACUCAUUAAUUACAUGAUAUAC